GUCCAUUUAGGAACAAUCUGAAACCCUCCGACGGUCCGUACGAGGUCCCUCGAAUGGAAAGUUGUUCGACGUUUAACCUUCGAAACACUGUAUAAAAAAGUGUGAAGUGCGCGAGUGUUCUUUUUUCUUUUUUUUCUUUUUUUUUCUUUCCUCUCAAAUUUUUGUUUUUCCUUAUCUGACUGAGUGCUUCAUCGUCAUCAUCUAUAUAUCGCAUUUACACCAUCCAGUUAUAGAGCAGUGACCUGUGGAAGAAAAAAAGACCCUUUAUAGUUUGUGACCCAUUAUCUCUUUUGGACUAAAAAAGCUUAAGGCUUUUUGGAUUGAAUUGGUAGCAAAUCGAAGGUGAUUGAUUGAUGGAUUCAUUGGGCUUAGGAAGAACUCAAUCAUAUUCAACCCUUUUGCUCUGCAGUCUUCAAGUUCAAGUGCUACACCUGAUUUCCCUAAUUGGUCAAGUAAUCCUGGAAGUGGCUUCCUUUGGGAAUGAGAGAUCUUAUGCAUGAACAUUCAGGGUUCUUUGAGUGGGGCCUUCAACUUUUUAAUGGUGAUCCCAUCAAUUCUGGGUAUCAUGAUGAGAUAGUACAUCAUAGUGCUGAUGAUGUUUAUAAUGAACAUUAUCAAGAGCAUUAUGACACAGAUUGUAGUCAUACAGAUUGUAAUCAUUUGGAGAAUGAUGAGAUUAUUGCGAGAACCCUUCAAGACGAUUUUUCACAACUAACAGUCUCAGAAGCAUCUGGUUACUCUCAUGUUGUAGAAGAUCACUAUCAAGCAUCCAAUCUUGAACAUGAUUGGCGUAGUCCAUCAACAAUGAACUACCAUUGUUCAGACUAUAAUCAUGGCCAGGAAGAAACUGAUGAUGCAGAGCCUUCUACUUCAUGUUCUAGCCCUGGUGAUAGAGAGGAGUAUCCUUAUUCUCCGGAGCUAACUGAGGAAUAUUUGCUUGAUCAAAUGAUCCCCAUUCCUCAUGUUCCUAGAAUUAAUGGAGAAAUUCCUUCAAGUGAUGAAGCGACUUCAGAUCAUCAGAGGCUUCUGGAAAGAUUACAGACAUAUGACUUCGUAGAACGCACAAUUCAAGGAGAUGGUAAUUGUCAGUUUCGUGCUUUAUCAGAUCAAUUAUAUCAAACACCUGACAACCACAAGUUUGUAAGACAACAAGUUGUGAGCCAGCUUAGGUCUAACCCAGAGGUUUAUGAGGGCUAUGUUCCCAUGCAAUAUGAGGACUAUUUGGAGAGGAUGUCCGAGAGUGGUGAGUGGGGUGAUCAUGUUACAUUGCAAGCAGCUGCAGAUUCGUUUGGUGUGAAAAUUUUCGUUGUGACAUCUUUUAAGGAUACCUGUUGCAUAGAGAUUCUUCCUAAUUUCCAGAAGCCAAAAAGAGUUAUUUUUCUGAGUUUUUGGGCAGAGGUGCAUUACAACUCGAUAAAUCCUCGAGGAGGUCUUCCCUCAAAUGAGUCUAGAAAGAGGAAAAAGUGGUGGAUAUUUGGGAAUAAGAAUUAGGAGAUGUUUGAUUGGCUUCAGCUGCUUCCUUUUUUAUUUUCCCCGGAUAAUUACAAUGGGAGAUGGGGGAUUUUAACCCUAGACGUCUCUAUUCGAAACACCAGGAGGUGCCACGGUUGAGCAGCAAGGCUGUUGGUGGCAUUCCUCCUUUCUGUUCAUGUUACUGUUGCUGCUUAAUUUGUACAUGUUGCUUCCAUGGUUAGAAGAAUUGAUCCAAAUUCUAAUACUUUCAUAAUUACCCAUUCUGGGCUGGAUCAAUUCGUUUUAAUAACACGGUACUUCUUCUACAUUGUACUUAAUGUACGCACAAUCAUGGUUACUUAAUAUACGCACAAUCAUAGUUUUGUUUGCGCU